AACAUCUACUAUAUAUUACUCUUAAAAGAGAAAGUAUGAGAGAAACCUGUAAUACAUGGAAGCUAUUAGAGAAGGGACCUGCAAGGACCAUUUUCAUAUUCUUCCUUCUAUUUUUUGCUGGCUAUAUUUGUUCUCACUUCAUCGAUACUUCCAUCGGUGGAGCAACGCUGAAAGUUUUUCUAAACUCAAAGAAGCAAGAAAUCAAACUCGAUUGUUCCAUUCUAAAACAAAAUAAGAGCUGCCCAGCAAUCUCUCCGGCGAAGUUUCAAACCACAGAUGAUCGAAACGGCUCUUGCCCAGACUAUUUCCGAUGGAUCCAUGAAGAUUUACGGCCAUGGAAGGCUACAGGAAUCACAAGCGAGAUGAUAGAGAGAGCCAAGAGUAAAGCUGAUUUCCGAUUGGUGAUAUUGAAUGGGAGGGUUUACAUCGAGAAGUACAGAAAGCCUUUUCAAACGAGAGACGUUUUUACGUGGUGGGGGAUACUGCAAUUACUGAGGAAGUAUCCGGGGAGGUUGCCGGACUUGGAAUUGAUGUUCAACUGCGGUGACAAGCCGGCGAUCAGGUCAAGCGAUUACCCACAGCAGCCAAACGCCGCCGUACCGCCACCGUUAUUUCAGUACUGUGGGAAUGGUUGGUCGUUGUCUAUCGUUUUCCCGGACUGGUCCUUCUGGGGUUGGCCAGAGAUUAACAUAAAGCCAUGGGAAGCAUUGUCAAAGGAGUUGAGAGAAGCUAAUAAGAAGAGUAGAUGGAUUGAAAGGGAACCUUAUGCUUUUUGGAAAGGGAACCCUUCUACAUCUCCGACCAGGCAAGACCUCAUGAAAUGCAAUCCUACAGACCAUCAGGAUUGGAAAGUUCGUGCCUAUGACCAGGAUUGGAGAAGAGAGACUCAACAAGGUUUUAAACAAUCAGAUCUAGCCAAACAAUGCACUAACAGAUAUAAGAUAUACGUGGAAGGAAGAGGAUGGUCAGUAAGCCAGAAAUACAUAAUGGCUUGUGAUUCCAUGACAUUGUUCGUGAAGCCUCAGUACUACGACUUCACCACAAGAAGCUUAAUACCUAUGUAUCAUUACUGGCCUAUCAGAGGAGACGAUUUGUGCAGACGUAUCAAGUUCGCAGUCGACUGGGGAAACAUUUACAAACAAGAGGCACAAGGCAUAGGAAGGGCGGCUAGCAAUUUCAUAGAGGAGGAGCUAAAGAUGGAUUAUGUGUAUGACUAUAUGUUUAAUUUACUGAAUGAAUAUUCUAAGCUCUUGAAAUAUAAACCUACUAUACCUAAAGGUGCCAUUGAAUUUUGCUCGGAGACAAUGGCUUGCCCUGCAAAUGGGUUGGUGAAGAAGUUCAUGAUGGAUUCCAUGGUUAAGUUUCCUGCACUUACAAGCCCAUGCACCAUUCCACCUCCCUUUGAUCCUCAUGCUCUUCAAGCUUUUCUUAAAGAAAAGGAGGAAACAUUAAAGCAGGUUGAGGCAAUGGAGAAGAAAUCUUAGAUCGAGGCUCUCUCCACCUUCAAAGAUCAUCAUCAUUGU